ACAGAAUCUCGCCUCGACAAUGUCCACUUCGCUGAUUCGCUGCGCGACGGCCGCAGCGCUCGUCGCCACGUGCGACGGCUACAUGCCCAGCGCCGCGCCGUCGCGCGCCGCCGCCGUGCGCCCCGCUGCCGCCUCCGUCUUCAUGGACGAGACCGUCUUUGAGCGGGCGCUCGCGGGCGAGCUCGAGGAGGAGGGCUUUGAGAACCCGUUCAUGAGUGAGGUCGGGUGGGCGGACUACCUCGACAAGAAUGCAAAGUCGUCGUACAACAUGAACCAGCGCCCCUCGCUUGCGGAUGACGGCUACUACACCGCCAGCAUUGUUGACAACCCGCUCGACGUGGUGAGCGACUGGCUCGGCGCGAUGAAAGGCUACGUGACCAACCCCGUCGCCACCGCCUUUCCCACCAUCUCCAACGACCCGACCGGCGCCCGCUCCUACCCCAAGGGCUCCAACGAGGUGAGCGCGCGCACCAUCAAGCCGAAGGAGAAGGACUUUGACCCCAAGAAGCGGAUCGUGGGGAUCCCGGAGGGCUGGACGGCGGCCUUCACGCUCAACGCGCUGUCACACGUCAACGACAUCACUGGCACCGACUUCGACACGGCAGACUGGCGGCAUGUCGCCGAGUACGACGCCGCCUCCACCUCGGUGCGCACCCACGUGGAGGCGCGGCGGGCCGUCGUCCUCUCCGUCCCCGCGGAGGGCGGAGGGCGGAGGGAGCUUCGCCGUUUCGCGGCAGGCGAGCGCGUCUUUGUCGAGCAGAGCCGCAAGUUCAGCGAGGAGGAGACGCGGCGGCUGGCCGAGGCAGCGGGUCUGCGGCUGAGCCGGAGCUGGGCCUCGGACGACUACCUUAUCGCGGAGCUCGUCAGAGGUAGCGCCUAGCGGGGCUUUUGGGGCCGCCUGCAGAGACAGAGCGGUCCCAGAGCGCGGCACACGCGUGUGACGAGUGUGAGUCGUCGUUGAAACCCAGAGUGCAGAGACACUCUACGCUCUCUCGAUGUGUUAUUUCAUGUGUACAA